CGUAGUCUGCCAGGAACGAAGAAGACAAUGGAGGACGUCAACAAACGCCCUCGUGACUCCCUCACUCCCUUUUCAACGUCGGUUUUGUUGACAUCGAGCACCAAACGAAAUCGAUUUGCAACGUUUCAAAAAGCUCACUCAAUCGUUCUUUAAAUAUCUUGCAAGGAAGGAUGACAUUUGUAACAGAGCUGCUAUCGACUACAAUUGAAACCUAACUCGACUCAAUGUUCAAGCUUAAAUGUCCUCCUGGAUCUUUCAUCUUUGCUGGCGUCGUAGGCGUCAAAUGCAUUAUUUCGCCAAAAUGAUUGAAGCUGCAAAAGUCAGGAAAGUGUUCAUAUGUUCAUUUAGAAAUGUGUCACUCCAAAAAUGCAUUAACCAUGAAUAGCUCGUGGUUCUGUGUGUUGCAUCUUCUCAUCUUGUGUUUGAUGAAGUGCACGAUGGGCCGCAUCUUCUUGGACCACAUUGGAGGCAUUUGCCUCUUCUCCUGUGCCAACUGUGACACUAUUCUGACCAACCGAGCCGAGCUGAUCUCCACUCGCUUCACUGGAGCUACUGGUCGGGCCUUUUUGUUCAACAAGGUUGUAAAUCUACAGCACAGCGAGGUUCAAGACAGGGUCAUGCUGACGGGAAGACACAUGGUGCGUGACGUCAGCUGCAAAAACUGCAACAGCAAGCUGGGCUGGAUGUACGAAUUUGCCACCGAGGAAAGUCAGCGAUACAAGGAGGGCCGAGUCAUCCUGGAGAGGGCCUUGGUGAGGGAGAGCGAGGGCUUUGAGCACGGGCCCACGGUCAACUCGUGAGAGUGUGCUGCAAAGUCAGCAUGCUGAGGGAGUCCCGACAACAGCAACCUAAACAUCACAGUUUGAAGGAGAGGUUCAAACAUGAGGAGGUGCUUGUGAAAAGUGUAACAAGACCAUGGCUUCCAUUUCUCUUUAGAAUGCUUUGAAUUUCAUCAUAUUCAACAGACUUUAGCGAGAAGGUGCAUCUGAAAGAAACGACCAUCAACAGUGACGUUUGCUGAUGUUUCUGUGGAGAGUAUAUUUUGGGUCACUUAAGAAAUUAUUUUAUUUCACCUUGAUACUGUAACUUGGUGACUUUAUAUUUUUUCAUGACAGUUCAACAUAAGUUGCCCCCUGAUAUCAUAUAUAAUUGAUUGCUGUUGACAAGUUGAUGGACUGUAUAUUUGGCAUAAUAAAGUCAUACGCCUGAA